AUGUCAUUUGGAAAUCCAACAGCUUGGAAACCAAAAUCAGACCUCCCACUUUACAAGGAUAAACCAAAUACAUAUCCUUCCUCAACAGAAAAUAAAAAGAAAAUCUUCAUGUUGUUCAAGGGGUUUUUAAUCUCUUUGGGGCUAUACAUGGUGUACCACUACACCAUAGGCUCGUCUGGCUCCUUAUUAGGUGGCGGGAAAAAAGGUGCUGCGCUCACAUGGCCAGAAAGACAACAAGAAGUGAAGGAUGUUUUCCUUGAAUCCUGGGCUUCCUAUGAAAAAAAUGCUUGGGGUAAAGAUGUAUACCAUCCAGUUUCUAAAAGAGGAGAAAAUAUGGGGCCUCAACCACUUGGUUGGAUUAUUGUUGAUUCUCUUGACACUCUUAUGCUUAUGGAUUGUCAACCAGAAUUGGCUCGUGCAAGACAAUGGGUCAAGAAAGAUUUGGAUUAUUCCUUCAACUAUGAUGUUAGUGUGUUUGAAACCACUAUCAGAAUGUUGGGUGGUCUCUUAUCUGCAUUCCAUUUCUCUGAUGGUGACGAUAUGUACCUUGAUAAGGCCGCUGAUUUGGCCAAUGCCAUGAUUAAAUCCUUUGAAAGUGGUAGUGGCAUUCCAUACGCCUCGGUUAAUUUAGAAACUGGAGAAGGGGUCAAGAACCAUGUAGAUGGAGGUGCCUCUUCCACUGCCGAAGUGGCCACUUUACAACUUGAAUUCAAAUAUUUGGCUAAACUUACUGGGGAAGCAAUGUUUUGGGAAAAAGUUGAAAAAGUUAUGGAAGUCUUGGAGGCAAACGAUCCUCAAGAUGGUCUUGUCCCUAUCUAUGUUCACCCUGAUACCGGUAAGUAUCAAGGGAAGUUGAUUCGUCUUGGUCUGAGAGGUGACUCCUACUAUGAAUAUCUCUUGAAACAAUACCUUCAAACUUCCAACGAAGAACCAGUGUAUUGGCAAAUGUAUCGUGAAUCAGUGGAAGGAGUCAAGAAGCACCUUGUUGGAUACUCAAGACCAAACAAGUUGGCCUUCAUUGGUGAAUUAGAAUACGGUAUUGGUGGAGGUCUUUCCACCAAGAUGGACCAUUUGGUAUGUUUCUAUGGUGGUUUACUUGCAUUAGGGGCUACCAAUGGUCUUACCUACGAGGAAGCUAAGGCCAAGCCAGAUUGGACUGCCGAAAAGGAAUCUGACUUCAAAUUGGCUCAAGAAUUGACUUAUACCUGUUAUAAGAUGUAUCAUGAUGUUCCUGCCACUGGUCUUUCCCCUGAAAUUGUUGUGUUCAACCAAGAUGGUAGAAAGAACGAAGACUUUUACAUCAAGCCAGCCGACAGACACAACCUUCAACGCCCUGAAACUGUGGAAUCUCUUUUCAUCUUGUAUAGACUCACCAAAGAUGAGAAAUAUCGUCAAUGGGGUUAUGAAAUCUUCCAAAAUUUCGUGGAACAUACCAAAAUCGUUGAUCCAAUCACUGGAGAAGUCUCUUACACCACGCUUGACGAUGUCACCACCACACCUGCAAGAAAGGGUGAUAACAUGGAAUCUUUCUGGCUCGCGGAAACUCUCAAGUACUUGUAUUUAUUGUUUGAUGAUGAUAACAAGGUUCCAUUGGACAAGUAUGUAUUCAACACUGAAGCACAUCCAUUCCCAAGAUUUGACAUGAAACCUUUGUUUAAGACUGGAUGGAAGAGAUCCGGCCAAGAAGAUGCACAACCUAAGAGACCUUCCAAUGGUAAUGAAGAUGUUAAGGUGGAUAAGAAACAUCCACCACAAGCAGCUCCUGCCAAUAAGAAGGUGGAUGACGAAGUAAGAGAAGUGGUUAAGGAAAAUCCAAACAUUUUGGAUGAAGAGAAAGAGUCUGAGAAGAAGGUUGAACAAUUGCUCAAUCAACUUUAA